CGUGUCAACGCCAUUAGCCAAUACACACCCCCUUCCCCUUUGAACGCCUCAGUUCUAUAAAAGCGGGUUGGUCGACGGUCUCCAUCAUCGGCACUUUCUUAAAAUAAUUGAACCAUCCGGACCAAGGCCGUGUUUUUUCAUUCACCCCCAUCUCCGAAAUUCUAUAAUCGUAUCCCGAAGACAUAAUUAAGGUGAGAAAUCUACGGCAUGGAGAAAUGCCAGCAAGAAAGAGAUUACUUACCCCCCAAACGUGUUAUCAUCAUCGGCGGGUCCCUCUCCGGACUCAUGCACGGCAUCGUGCUCCACCGUCUCGGAAGCACAGUCCGAGUCCUAGAACAAUCGCUCGCCAAUACACCUAUCUCUCACAUGGCAGGGGUAUGCCUCGGUAUCGAUGUGCAACGCCUUCUGGAGCGCUUUGAUCGUACCCCAGGAAUUCCCUUGGGUAUUUCGGCUGUGCAAUUACAGUCACUCGAUAAACAGGGCAAGAUCAACCCUUCUGUACGAAUCAAUCGGAUCAUGUCUUCAUGGGAUGCACUUUAUUUCCGAUUAAGAGCCAAUUUCGACAUGCAAGCAAGCGACUAUGUCCCGCAUCCGCCUGCAUUGGAUUUAAGGGCAGAUGAAGACGCAGAUGGCGCUAAAUCAAGAGCAAGAUAUGAAAUUGGAAAGCAAGUCAUAGGUAUAGAGCAGUUCAAGAACGGUCAACUACUGGUUCGCUAUAAGGAUCAUACGGAUGGUGGCGCAGAUUCACAAGCACUGGCAGACCUAGUACUCGGUGCCGAUGGCCCAAACUCAAUAGUCCGCAAGAUCUUUUUAGAGUCAGGUCAAGCAGAUCAGAAAUAUACGGGAUAUGUGGCAUGGCGCGGUAUAGUUCCAGAGGAGCAAGUGAGUGAAGAGACGCGAGAAGUAUUUCGGGCAAACAUAACAUAUUCGAUAUUAAAGGGUGAAGGUGGCCACGUGAUACUUUACUACAUACCAGGAAAAGGCGGUUCCGUCGAGCCUGGUAAGCGCCUCUUGAACUUCUGCUGGUAUACUAAUAUUCCGCUUUCCUCCCUGAGUACGAUCAUGACCGACAUCAAUGGUAAGCAGCACCAUACCAAAUUACCACCCGGACAAGUCCGCCCCGAAGUCUGGGAGACCCAAAAGGCUAUAGCCAGAACACAAUUCGCGUCACCGUAUCUCGAAGUCAUCGAAAAGAUCGGAUUACCUUUCCUACAUCUCAUCACCGAUUACUGCUCUCCACGCGCCUCCUUUAUGGGAGGCAAAGUCCUGCUAGUAGGAGAUGCGGUCUCCCUGCUGCGGCCACACACUGCUUAUUCUACGAAUCAAGCCGCAUACCAUGCCCUCUUGACCGAGAAACUGGUCACUAAAAAACUGACGCUGGAGGAAUGGGAAUACCAAGUUACGACCGCUGCAUACAACCGCCGUGCUCUUCUGGGCAACAUCUGCACUGGCAAAACUGAGGGUUUGGAUGGGGUGGUUACCACCGCAGGUAAUUUAGUUACCAAGUGA